AUGUUCAAGAACUCACGGCUGUCGCCAGACAUCCCAUCGUUCAGCACUGCGCUUCCAACUUGGUCGAUGGUCUGUCGCGCUGCACAAGCAUCAGACGAUUGCUACGAUUCCGGAGCUUCUACUCGACGAGGCACAUACACACAGGCAAACACAUCAAAGAGUAUAAAAGCAAUGAUAGUGGACGACCAGCUGAUAGACGACACUCGUGUCAUCAUUGUAGCUAUACGCGGGACACAAUUUCAGUGUCUCUCAGACUGGUCGGUCAACAAGGACGCCGAUCCCAUCAGCCCUGUCGGCUUUCUGGAUGAUGAAGAGAACGCGUGUCACUCUGGUUUUCUUCAAGUGGCCAAGGCAAUGACCAGUCAAGUGUCAACACAACUACACCAGCAUCCCGCUUCCUUGGAAAAGCCAUCGCUUUUGUUCACUGGCCAUUCCGCAGGUGGAGCGGUUGCAGCGAUGCUUUACAGUCACAUGUUGUCGAGUUCUGUCACCUCAGAGUUGACAACUCUAGCGAAUCUGUUCUCCAGCAUCAAUUGCAUAAUCUUUGGCGCUCCCCCGCUCUCGCUCACGUCCUUGCCGAAACGCGAUCACAUCUCAGGCGUCUUCCUAUCUUUCGCAAACGAAGGUGAUCCAGUCACUCGGCUAAGCAACGGCGCCUACGUCAAGUCUCUGGUCAAACUCUUGACAGCCUCGACACCAUCAAAUUCGACCAUAGCUGCUCCAGUAAAAGUUGUGCGUGGGUCGCGCGGCACAAGAGUUAUUCGAACGACACUUCCCACCACGCCGCAGACUCCGUGGGAAGAGCUUCCAAUGUGGUCUACACCGCCAGCACCACUCACAAAUGCUGGUAACGUCAUUUUGCUGCGCGAAAAGGAGAGUGGUGACACGGUCGCGUCACACAUUACGGCUGAGGAGCUCAGUGAUGUUAUAUUUGCUGAUCUUGCGCAACACACCAUGGGGAUGUAUAUGCGACGUGUCAAGGAUGUAGCUUUUGCUGCCAUGAUGGGUAUCGAGGAUUAG